AUGACUGUUGGUUUCCUUUAUGUAAACAAGCAAUCAUCAGAGAAAAAUUCAAACUCUAAUUUGACAACAUCAGCGCUUUACGGUGUGACAGCAGUUCUCUUUAUAAGUAUUUUUCUCAACAUAUUCCUCAUUGUUCGGAAUGUCAGACAUACCAUUUAUAAAAGACAGAACUCAAAGGAUGUACAAAAACAACAGGAUCAAACACAAGAUCAAAACACAACUACAUAUGACAGAGUUGAGGAUAAUGCAGGUUACCAAGAACUUGGACAAUUAAGUCAACCCUCACAUUACGAUCUACUCAAGUGAAUGUAGCAUUUGUACUUGUACUUUGGUCUUAAAAACUGUUUCUGUUUUCGA